AUGACGAUGAACGUCGUUGCCGGCGUCCUGCUCCUCUUGCUCGGCGACCUCAACAACCCGUCCUCGGUGGCCGCCGACUUCUGCGACAACCUUAAACAGGUCGCCGCCACCCUCCCAAAGAACACCUCCUCUUCCCCCUUGCACUUCGCCACCGCCACCUUCGGCCAAGCGCCCGACGUCGUGUACGCGCUCGCGCUCUGCCGCGGCGACGUCCUCAACGACACCGCCUGCGGCGACUGCGUCGCUAGCACGUUCGACGCGUUGACACCGCCGCCGCCGCAGCAGUGCUACUCGGCUGCCUACUACUACGGCGGGACCUGCAGGCUCGUCUACUCCGGCGACAACAUCCUCGCGCCCUCCAAUACCACGGCGGCCAACGGCGACGACACGCCGUUCACGCGAUGGAACCCCAACAACAUCACUGCCGGCGGCGGCGACGCCGACGACACGCGCCUCGUCGUCAGCCGCGUCCACGAGCUGGUGGUGGAGACGGUGCAGCUCGCGGCCAGCACGGCGCCGAGGCUGUUCGCCACGGGCGUCGUGGACAGCGGCGCGAUAUUUCCCAAGGUGUACUCGCUGGCGCAGUGCACGCCGGACCUGUCUGCCGGCGACUGCCUGGCGUGUCUCCAGCGUCUCCUGGACAUGGUCAACUCCACCAUGGCCCUUCGCAUGGGAGCACAGAUCCAUGUCAUACGGUGUUAUUUCAGGUACGAGGCGUAUGCGUUCUACGACAGCACGCCCGUGCUGCAGCUUGGGCCGUCGGCGCCAGCGCCAGCCCCGAACCCGGUGAAACACAAGAGGCGUGCGAGCAAGCUGUGGGUAAUUCCAGUAGUUGUGGUUCCUCUAGCGGCAGUAGCAUUUCUUUGCUUCAUCUUCUACUCCCCUUGGUUCAGAAGGUACAGGAGAGGCAAAGCAAUGAGGUUACAAGCAGGAUCAAGGCGUACUCAGGACUUGCAUGGAGAGGAAGAAUUAGUUUGGGAUGGGAAGAAUUCAGAGUUCUCCGUGUUCGACUUUGAACAGGUACUGGAGGCCACAGAUAAUUUUUCAGAAGAAAACAAACUUGGACAAGGUGGCUUUGGUGCUGUCUACAAGGGUCAGUUUGCUGAUGGAUUGCAGAUAGCAGUCAAAAGACUUGCUUCACAUUCAGGGCAAGGUUUCACAGAGUUCAAAAACGAAGUCCAACUCAUAGCCAAACUCCAACACAGGAAUCUGGUUAGGCUCUUGGGAUGCUGCUCUCAAGAAGAAGAGAAGAUAUUGGUCUAUGAAUACUUGCCAAACAAAAGCUUAGACUUCUUUAUAUUUGAUGAAAAUAGAAGAGCUAUGCUAGAUUGGUCCAAACUUCUAGUAAUAAUUGAAGGAAUAGCACAUGGACUUCUCUACCUACAUAAGCACUCCCGGUUGCGUGUCAUACAUCGAGAUCUUAAGCCAAGUAACAUUCUCUUGGACAGUGAAAUGAAUCCUAAAAUUUCAGAUUUUGGGCUUGCAAAAAUAUUCAGCUCAAAUAACACGGAACGGAACACUACACAAAGAGUGGUUGGUACAUAUGGCUAUAUGGCUCCGGAGUAUGCUUCCGAGGGCAUCUUCUCGAUUAAAUCAGAUGUCUUCAGCUUUGGUGUUCUUGUUCUUGAGAUCCUUAGCGGAAAACGGAAUUCUGGCAGCGAUCAAUGUGGAGAUUUUAUCAAUCUCAUUGGAUAUGCAUGGCAAUUAUGGGAUGAGGAGAGGUGGAUUGAUAUCGUGGAUGCAUCAUUGGUAAACAAGAGCCAGUCCUCAGAAAUGAUGCGGUGCAUUAACAUUGCUUUGUUGUGUGUACAAGAGAAUGCAGCUGAUCGACCAACCAUGGCAGAUGUGGUUUCCAUGCUAAGCACUGAGACUACGACAAUCCUCGCUGAACCUAAGAAGCCACCAUAUUUCCAUGUGAGGGUUGGAAAUGAGGAGGCACCCACUACUGCUACUGAGUCAUGUACCAUGGCGGGCGUCCCGGCCAUCAUCCUUCUUAUUAGCUUCCUCCUCGUGCUGCCGUCAGCAACGGCAAUAGGCAAGGUCUGCGGCAACGCCGGCAACUACACGGCCAACGGCACAUAUCAGUCGAACCUCGCCUUCCUCGCCGCGACCCUCCCAACCAACACCUCCUCGUCCCCGCAGCUCUUCGCGACCGCGACCGCCGGCCAAGCCCCCGGCGACGUGGUGUACGCGCUGGCGCUCUGCCGCGGCGACCUGACAGGCAACCUCACCGGGUGCAGCGCCUGCGUCAACGGCGCGUUCCAGUACGCGCAGAGGAUGUGCCCCAACGCCAAGGCCGCCAGCGUCUACGACGACGACUGCCUCGUCGGCUACUCCAGCGACAACAUCCUCGUCCCGGCCUUUAACGUCACCCGGGACAUGAGCACGCUCUUCGACUACUGGAACAACGCGGCGACCACCCCCGGCGGCAACGCCACCCAGGUGGCCGCCGGCGUCAAGGACCUGCUGGCGCAGACUGCCCAGCAGGCGGCCGCCAGGCCCAGCAGGUUCGUCACGGCCUACAUGGACGCCUCCAGCACCUCCAUCCCGACGCUCUACUCUCUGGCGCAGUGCACGCCCGACCUGUCCGCCGGCGACUGCAUGGCGUGCUUCCAGCAGAUCCUCAGCACGCUCAACGCCACGACGCCAGUGGCAGGGCGGGUCCUCCUGCUGCGGUGCAACUUCAGGGUCGAGAAUAUCAUGUUCUUCGACGGCGCACAGAUGAUGCAGAUCACGCCGUCAUCCGGCGCUCCGGCACCACCACUUCCGGCUCCGACGACGAAUAAGGGAUCUGGGGUGAAGCCCUGGGUAAUUGCGGUGUCUGUUACACCUCCUGUAGCGGUAGUAGCGUUCUGCUUCAUCCUUUACUGGCGUUGGCAAAGGAGGAGAAGGUACAAAAAAGGUGGAUCUAGAUUACGACAAAAGCAUACUCACAACUUGAAAGGAGAUGAGCUAGAUUGGGAAAUUGAAGCAGAGCUCUCAGAGUUUUCUGUUUUUGACUUUCAUCAGAUAUUGGAGGCUACAAAUAACUUCUCUGAAGAAAAUAAACUUGGGGAAGGUGGGUUUGGCCCUGUCUACAAGGGUCAGUUUCCUGAUGGAAUUGAGAUAGCUGUUAAGAGACUUGCUUCACAUUCAGGGCAAGGUUUCAUAGAGUUCAAAAAUGAAGUACAACUCAUAGCAAAACUGCAACACACAAAUUUGGUUAGGCUCUUCGGAUGUUGCUCUCAGGGAGAGGAGAAAAUUUUGGUCUAUGAAUACCUGCCAAAUAAAAGCCUGGACUUCUUUAUCUUCGAUGAAAACAGAAAAUCAUUACUGGAUUGGAACAAACGUCUGGCAAUAAUUGAAGGGAUAGCAGAAGGACUUCUCUACCUACAUAAGCACUCACGCUUGCGUGUCAUACAUCGAGAUCUUAAACCAAGUAACAUUCUUUUGGACAGUGAAAUGAAUCCUAAAAUUUCAGACUUUGGGCUAGCAAAAAUAUUUAGCUCAAAUAACAAUGAAGUUAGCACUACAAGGAGAGUGGUUGGUACAUAUGGCUAUAUGGCUCCCGAGUAUGCCUCCGAGGGCCUCUUCUCUAUCAAAUCUGAUGUAUUCAGCUUUGGUGUUCUCAUCCUUGAGAUCCUUAGCGGAAAAAGGAAUUCUGGUAGCCAUGACUGUGAAGAUUUCAUCAAUAUUCUUGGAUAUGCAUGGCAAUUAUAUGAAGAGGGGAGAUGGAGGGAACUCAUUGAUUCUUCAUUGGAACCCAUGCAUCACUCAACUGAAAUCAUGAGGUGCAUGAACAUUGGAUUGUUGUGUGUACAAGAGAAUGCAGCUGAUCGACCAACCAUGUUAGAUGUUGUUGCAAUGCUAAGUAGCAAAGCUAAGAUCUUGGCUAAGCCGAAUCACCCAGCAUAUUUCAAUGUACGGGUAGGAAAUGAAGAGGAAUCCAGUACUGGUACUGUGGCACGCAGUAUCAAUGAGAUGACCAUAUCUGUCACAACUGGUAGAUAG